AUGAGUCCGCCUUUUGUUCGUAUAGCUAGUCCAAAAUAUUCCGAAGAACCUGAAAAAGAUAUAUUGUUACUAAUAAUAAAUACUUUGCAUUUGAAAAACUGUGCUACCUUUAAAUAUUUGAGAAAGGAAUUUCCUCUUCUAAAUUUAAAAGCUUUCAUGAAAGUUCAUGAACAUACAUUGGUGAAAACUCCUUCAAAAUCAUGUACAAAUAAUAAUGAAUGCAUUGGAUCACACAUGAGUCCCAAUAAUUCUACAAAAGCCUAUAACACUGAAUUUAUUGAACUAACCAGGAUUAUCUGGACAGGAAUUGGGACAGUUGGUUCAGUAAUUACAAUAUGCAGCAUGUUAACUGCUAUAUUGAUAUAUACAGUAUAUCCAUGUUUACGAAAUUUCAGAUUUAGAAUACAUCUUCAUUUAUUCUUCGCAUUACUACUGGAAUCUAUUGCACAGCUUAUAUUGUCUUAUCUUUUGUUAAGUAAAGUUAAUCAAAUAAAUCUGAAUAAUGUUGAAAAUGAAACAAUACAUCAACCAUUUUCAAGUUCAAAAGAGAUGAUAUACAGUUCCAAUUCACAAUCAACAUAUAUAAUUAUACAGAAUACUAUGAUAAUUAUAUGGGAAUUAUGUCAAACUUGUGUUUUCACAUGGACAUUUAUCGAAGGAAUUCAUAUACACGAAUUAAUUGUCGUUUCAGUAUUUCAACCGUCAGUGAAUAUGUAUCCUUUGAUGAUUGCAGCAUGGGUUGUACCUAUUUUCAUAACAGGACUGUGGCUAAGUGCAUGGCUAUAUACAAAUAAAAUGGACGUAAGCUGGUCAUUUUAUACAUUUCAUUCAACUUACUGGAUUUUGAAUAGUUUCAGAUUAAUUUUACUAUCGACGAAUAUGGCUUUCCUUUUCAAUGUAAUCCGAGUUCUUGUUCGAAGACUUCAGACAAACUAUGCACCGGAAAUUCUGAAAUUAAAAAAGGCUGUAAAAGCUGCUAUCCUUUUAAUGCCGUUAUUAGGAAUUACUAAUUUUAUUGUACUUUUACCAGAACCUAAACAUCCUUUGGGAUUUUUUAUUGUUUCUGGAAUACGCCGAGUGCUGCCAACAUGGCAAGGAUUUAUUAUAUCUAUGAUAUAUUAUUUUAUGAAUAAAGAUGUUCAGAAAUGCAUACACAUUUCAAUCCGAAGAUUCAAAUCAAAAUAUCAACUAGAACAUCGUCGUUUUACUUCAUCUUCUCUACCAAUAACAACUAUACCAACAACAAGUUUCACAUAAGCAAUAAUUAAGAAAACCUACUUUUAUCAACAGAAUUGAAUUCAGAUAAUAUUUAUACUUCAGACAACGACUAAACACUGAACAAGAACAGUUCAAGAUACAAAACUAAGCAGACAAACAACAAUGAAGACAACUUUAUGAGUCGAAAGGAAUAUAAUUAAAAUAAACAAAUAAAAUGAUGUACAGAACAAAACAUGGUUAACCUUUAACCGAAUAUUAUG